UUUAGUUUUGGGUUAAAUUGGGCUUGUAUGUUUAGGAUUCGUUAUCUUUGUAUGCUUUCGGACUUUUGUUUUGUUUUUUUCUGUUUUGAGAGAUUAUUUUGAUCUCUUUCAUUGGCAUAGCAAUUAGCUGAUAGUUUUUGGAAGAGAAACAAAAUCACAUUGUUUUUGCAACACAAAAGUAAUUUUUUUUUUUAAAAAAUCUCAAAUGUAAAAGAAGAAAAAUGUUCUAUUUCUGAGAAAGAUGCAGGCUUUGGUGACACGCACGAUCCCAUGUUUGUUUCUUUGGUUUAAUUUGUUGUCUCAUAGGAACCUCGCUAGUUCUUUGUUUGGUUACUGAGAAAAGAAGGAAAAGCGAAGAAAGUAGAUAUUUACCUCAACUAAGUCAAAUUCUUGGGUUACCCUCAUUUGGGUAUAGGACUUGGUUUUUGACUGGGUAAAAGUGGAAUUGAAAUGGAAGGGGAUUUAUUUUCAGGCAUGGCCAAUGGAACACAAGUAGAUGGAAAGGUCUUACAAACAUUCCAUAAGAGUUUUGGGCAAGUUCAAGACAUUUUAGAUCAAAACAGGUUGCUAAUCAAUGAGAUUAACCAGAACCAUGAGUCAAAGGUCCCGGAUAACUUGACGCGAAAUGUUGGUUUGAUCAGAGAACUCAAUAACAACAUCAGAACGGUGGUCAAUCUCUAUGCUGACCUCUCUACCUCCUUCUCCCAAUCAGUCGAGGCCUCAUCAGAAGGAGAAUCAGGUGGCACAUUAAAAUCUGAUGGGAAAGCCAGUCAGAAGAGGAUUAGAUCCGGGUAGUUUAUUGAGCCAGGCUUUCUUGUAAGUUCAUGUUCUUUCCUGGUGGAAUAAGGAGAGUAUUUUGAUAAAAAAAGAGGGAACAAAUUUGAUGCUCUUCAGUUAGUCAUAUGAAUGAUUUAUAUGUGUAAUAAUGUUUCCAUCUUCAGUAUAAUUAAUCUCAACGUUCCAGUCUUGGUAGCAUUUUGAAAAAUAUACCAGUGUAAUCUUGUAUAACAGUAUAUAAUCUCAUUGAAAUCAACCUUCCUUCUAUA